AUGAAGGUUACAACGACAGCAUCGGUUUUGGCCUCGAUCUUGGCGGGUGCCACUGCUCAAGACUACAAUGCUCCACCCCCAGAUCUCUCGACUCUCCCCGAACUCUCUUUGUUUGACACCUGGAGGCCGCAUACCCAUAUCGGUGACCCAUGCGCGCACUACAAUGAUCCUGAAACAGGCCUCUUCCAUGUCGGUUUCCUGCACAAUGGUACGGGUAUUGCUAUGGUUUUGACGGAUGAUCUUGUCCACUAUUACGAUGUCAGGCCUAACGGCAACUAUUCAAUUGUCGCUGGCGGUGCCAACGAUCCCCUUGCUGUGUUUGAUGGCUCUGUCAUCCCUAGUGGAGUCGACGGCAAGCCGACGCUCUUAUACACCUCUGUCUCGGCAUUGCCAAUCCAUUGGACCCUUCCUUACGUCCGAGGCAGUGAAUCGCAAUCUCUGGCGGUAACUUACGACGGGGGCCAGAACUUCACCAAGCUUGACAUUCCACCCGUUAUUCCCGAGCCCCCAGCAGGUCUGGAGGUUACUGCUUUCCGUGACCCCUUCGUUUUCCAAAAUUCCGCACUCGACCAAUCCCUUGGCAGUGCCCCAGGUACUUGGUACACAAUUGUUUCGGGUGGCAUCAAAGACGUCGGACCUGGAAUGUUCCUCUACCAGAAUACGAGCCCCGACUUCGAGCAGUGGGAGUACCUUGGAGAAUGGUACAAUGAGCCUGCCAACUCGACAUGGGGAAAUGGAGACUGGUCCAAGAUGUUUGGCUACAAUUUCGAGACUAGCAACGUCGUCGGUCUCACCCGAGAGGGAUACAGUUACAACGGCGAUCCGUUCAUGACCAUUGCAGUUGAGAGCUCGUAUGUGCCAAUCCAGGAGUCCGUCUCCUCACUACAUGCCAUGAUUUGGGCUGCAGGAGCAAUUGCAAACACCGAUGGUGAAAACGUAACAUUCACCCCUGAUAUGGUUGGUGUCUUCGACUGGGGCUUGGCCGCCUAUGCAGCAGCCGGCAAAGUCCUGCCUGCAUCCUCUCAAGCGUCUACUGCCAGCGGGGCCCCCGACCGUUUCAUCAGCUAUGUCUGGUUGACUGGCGAUGUUUUCGGAGGUGUUGUUGGCUUCCCAGCUGCUCAGCAAGGAUGGCAAAACACUUUGCUGACGGCACGCGAGUUGUACAUCAGAGCCAUCCCCAACGUGGUCAACAACGAGCUUGCGCAGGAGACUGGCUCAUGGCGUGUGGCCGAUAACGGCCGCUCAACUGGCCGGUGUGUUGAACUCGAGACACUCGGAAUUGAUAUCGCGCGUGAGACCUAUGGCGCUAUGACUUCUGCCCCCAGCUUCAGCGAGCCGGACCGGACCACUACCAGUGCGGGCGUCAUUCCCUUCGGUCAAUCCCCCGAAAGCCGGUUCUUUGUUCUCGAGGCUGAGAUCGACUUCAAUGCACGUGCAUCGACCCUGCAGGCCGGCUUCCAGAUUCUGGCAUCCGAGUUUGAGUCGACCACCAUCUACUAUCAGUUCUCCAACGAGUCCAUCAUGAUUGAUCGUUCCGAAACAAGUGCCGCUGCAGACACGACCACCGGUAUUGAUGAGUCACCGGAAUCUGGCCGUCUUCGUCUAUUUGACAUCAAUGAUCGUUGUGGUGCUCAGGGCGGCAAUGGCGGUCACCCCGGUCUCGACGGCCUCGACGGACUCGACGCCGUCGGCGGCGGGUUUGGUCACAAGGGCGAGCACGGUUCAAGCGGCUACAAGCCCAGCACUGCAUGGGGAAGCAAUGCGCAGACUUCUGAGUUCGGUGGAGUUGGACAGGACCGUAUUGAGACUCUAAGCCUGACUAUUGUCGUCGACAACUCUGUUCUGGAAGUUUAUGCCAACAACCGCUUUGUUGUCUCUACCUGGGUCCGUCCUUGGUACGCAAACUCGACUGAGAUUCGCUUCUUCCAGAACGGGGAGGGCGAGGCAUCCUACAGCAACAUUCGCGUUUCUGAUGGUUUGUAUGAUGCUUACCCGGAGAGACCUCAGUAG